UUCGGCUCGCCCUGCCGCCUCGACAGCCGUCAUGGCGGCAGUCACGUGACCGCGCCCCGGCGCCACUCUGGCGCCCUACCGCCUCGCUAGCUGUCAUGGCGGCUACCACGUGACCUCCAGUUAUGCCUAGCGUCCCGUUGCCUCGGUAACUGUCAUGGUGCCUGACACGUGAUCUCCGCCUCUGCACUGGCUUCCGGUCACUGUGGUUGAGUAUUCUCGGCUCUUCGACUCCCUUUUUUUCUCCCUAGUGGACCUCGAUUUUGCCCUUCUUCCCUCAGUAGGAGUGCCACGCUGACUCUGACGGCCCGGAAGACAGCUGGAAAAAAUGACCCAUUGGUUUCAUAGGAACCCACUAAAAGCUACAGCUCCUGUCUCUUUUAACUACUAUGGUGUGGCCACCGGCCCUCCUGCUUCAAAAAUUUGCAAUGACCUGAGAUCAUCCAGGAUGCGGCUCCUCGAACUGUUCACUGACCUGAGCUGUAACCCAGAAAUGAUGAAGUCUGCAGCAGAUUUGUACUUUUCACUUCUGCAAGGUUUCAUAAAUUCACCAGAGGAGUCUACUCAGGAAAGCAAAUUACGCUAUAUUCAGAAUUUCAAGUGGACUGAUACAUUGCAUGGACAGGUUCCAAGUGCCCAGCAGGAUGCUGUUUUUGAAUUAAUUUCCAUGGGAUUUAAUGUAGCUUUGUGGUAUACCAAAUAUGCUUCAAGACUGGCUGGAAAAGAAAACAUAACAGAAGAUGAAGCAAAGGAGGUCCACCGAAGCCUAAAAACUGCAGCUGGGAUUUUUAAACAUUUAAAGGAAAGUCACAUCCCAAAGCUUAUCACACCCGCAGAGAAGGGACGGGACCUGGAGCCCCGGCUCGCAGAGGCAUAUAUUGUCCAGUGUCAGGCAGAAGCUCAAGAAGUGACAAUUGCCCGGGCAAUUGAGCUAAAACACGCUCCAGGGCUGAUUGCCGCGUUGGCAUAUGAAACGGCCAAUUUCUACCAAAAAGCAGAUCAUACUUUAUCCAGUUUGGAGCCUGCAUAUUCUGCUAAAUGGAGAAAAUAUCUUCACUUGAAAAUGUGUUUCUACACAGCUUAUGCAUACUGCUACCAUGGGCAGACCCUGCUGGCCACUGACAAGUGUGGCGAAGCCAUCAGGUCUCUCCAGGAAGCAGAAAAAUUGUACGCCAAGGCAGAAGCGCUCUGCAAAGAGUAUGGAGAGACCAAGGGGCCCGGGCCAACGGCCAAGCCUUCAGGACACCUGUUCUUCCGGAAGCUGGGGAGCCUGGUGAAAAGCACACUGGACAAGUGCCACAGGGAGAACGGGUUUAUUUACUUUCAAAAAAUUCCAACAGAAGCCCCACAGCUGGAACUCAAAGCCAAUUAUGGGCUGGUCGAGCCUGUGCCUUUCGAAUUUCCUCCUGCGAGUGCUCAGUGGGCCCCGGAAACGCUGGCUGCAUUCGACCUCACCAAGAGACCCAAGGAUGACAGUGCCAAACCCAAGCCAGAAGAAGAAGUGAAACCUGUGAAAGAACCAGAUAUCAGGCCCCAAAAGGACACUGGCUGCUCCCUCUCCUGAAACACUGUAUGCACUUUGAUUUUCUCUGAGUAGAUAAGAAAAACCAUAGAGCUUCAGUUCUUCCUCCUUAAAAUGACUGCUCUGAAGUCUAGGCUAAGCAUUAUUCAGAGAAAAUCUGCCUUCCGUUACUUGUUCUUGAUUUUGAACGUAGUGGAGAUGCUUCUUGCCUUGCUCCCAGACUCCCCCUUCUAGUGACGAUGUGAAAGGUUUAUUGUGCCUCAGAAACACAUAUUUGAGGGUUGGAUACUUUUUCAAUUCUGGGUAGGUAGUUUUGGGUUAAUGUAUUAUAGGCCUGGAUAAUGUGUUUUCAGGCAGGUUUUUCUACACAAAAACAUUUAUUUUCCUUCCUCUUAUUUGAUACCAGAAGAAUGACAACCACUUUUGAAGAGAGCAGGUUUACCCCCUCACUGCUGUGUUCUUUGUAGAAUAACUUUUGUUCUGAUUCAUUCAUCUUGCAGACACUUAAAAUGACCAGAAAAGCUUCAUACCAGAUCUUUUACAUGUAUUAGGGUCUAUAAUUCACACGAAAAUCAGUGUUUCUGUGUUGAAACCUUUAAGAACCUACACUUAUUUUGUAGUCCUGUGCUUCAUUCAGUCUUAAUGACCCUACAAUAAUUUUUACAAAUCCCUUUUCUAAUGCUUUUUUUACUUAGAAGUUAAAACUUUGUAACAGCGCUUAGUGCUUUUAUAUAAGGGAAGAUAGAAUGGGAAAUGUUUUUUAAAGAAAUGAAACAUUGCAUGAUAUAAAGAAAAAAUUUAAAUGAGUGAGAUAGGUUGUCCUGAAUGACACUGAUAACUACUUCUUUCCUAAAGAAGUCUUAGUAAAAUGCCUUUGUUUCCUGAUUUCAGUGUAUAUUGUUUUUACAUGAUUUUCUAAUAUAUGUAUCCUACUGGAAUUGUAUUGCUUUAGGCCAAAGGCCACCGCAAAAACUUUUCAGAACAUACAUACAGUAUGACACUAAAAAUGGAUUAUAAUACGUGAAACAGUUUGAUGUAUUCACACUGAAAAAGUAGUGGAUGUAUAAAACUUCAACAAAACCAACACAUCUGUAGGUUACUUCCUGUUGAUGACUCUCCUGGGCAUUAGGUAAUUUUCAUAUUUUAAAUGGUGAUUGGUUUACUUAAUAGAAAUAAUAGUAGUGUAUUUUGAGAGCUUUCUGUAUGCCCAGUGCCAUGCUGAGCAUGUACAUAGAUAAACCAUGGAAUCCGCACAGCAUCCCUAUGAGAAAGGUGUAAAAUCUGCAAAAAGUGUAGAAAGAGGAAUGUACAUUACCUUGUGAAGAAUGAAUAGGUUGAUGUCUGUACUAGGCUUUUUGUCACUGGGACAGAAUGCUUGGCCCACUCCUUAAGGAGAAAAGGUUUAUUUGGCUCAUGGUUUCAGAGAU